AGAAGUGAACAACGCAUGUUCCGAGGGAAAUCCACUUAUCUAGAGCUUUCAUGACUUGGUAAAGCGAUCAUCAGCAAGAAUUUGGGCACCGGCUCAAGCAAAAGUGGGAAGACAUUGGAGGGAACCGCUUGGCGAUAUUUGAUAGCUGCACAAUAUAAUGGCCUCAAUUUUCACCUAUGAUCCAGACCCGCCACGGGUGGCAUCGCCGUGGCUACAAGCCAUUGCCGACUUGCCCGACGAGCGUCCAGACGCCUCUGGUCCUAAAUUAUCCGUCCCGUCAGUUAUGGAAUGUAGGAAAGUCACUCGGUUGCAGGCUGAGCCUCAGGAGGGCCCCAUUGAGUACAAGUUGCAUUUGCUUCUGCGCCCGCGGCGGAAAUUUCGAUCGACAAGCACAGGUGGUCAUACUGCGCCACCGAAGCAUGCGAAAUUUGGUCAGGCGAUACCUGGACGUCGAGUCCCAGAAGCAGACGGCGGCCAUGGCAAUUAUAACCCUGCCGCGCCAGCUGCGGCAAUCUCAACUCAGCAGACGCGCCAAUUGCGAUUGGAGAAGCUUACUACCCAAUUGAUGUGGCGUCUGCAGCAAUCUUCUCCACAUCACACAUCAUCUGCCACUAAUACCAUCAUCCCGGCGUUCCCAGAAGCGCUUCCAGAGCUCCAGGCACCUCAGGAGAUCUCGAAGCUACUCCAUGGCCUGGAGGAGAGCAAAGGCGCUCUUUAUGAGAUUGGGGUUACCGACGAUGGCGCGCUCAUUGGUCUUGCUGAGGAUGAGAUGUUGGAGAGUUUGAACAACCUACGAGCCAUGGCGGCCUGUCUGGGAUGUACGGUCGAAGUCCUGCGCAAAGAGGUAGUCGGAGAGUGUGAGUGGCUAGAGGAGUCUAUCUCUGGAGGCAAGGAGCGCAAAAUUCGCCGGGUUGGCAAGUUGAUCGUUGUCGAGGCGCUCGUGAAACCUUUCUUGCAUGCCAAAAGCCCGGUGAUCGACUCCCUGGAGCUGCCACAGCAUCUACCCUCUCUUGAUGGGAUCACCAAUGAUGCAGACUUGACUCCCUCGAGUACGGAGCAGCUCCGCAUCACUCUUACUGGACCGACCAUGUCGGGAAAAUCAACCUUGCUAGGAACGUUGACAACUUCGACACUGGACAAUGGUCGAGGAACUAGCCGUUUGAGUAUGCUGAAACAUCGCCAUGAAAUCACAUCGGGUAUCACGAGCUCCGUGACACAAGAACUGUUAGGCUAUCAGGACGGUACCGGAGGAAGUCUGGAGGUUGUCAAUUAUGCGACUGAAAAUGUCGCAGCAUGGAUUGAUAUUCAUGUCGCGGCGGCAAACAACAGACUAGUCCUGGUGUCCGACUCAGCCGGUCAUCCGCGUUACAGGCGCACUACAUUGAGGGGACUCGUUGGUUGGGCACCUCACUGGACUUUACUCUGUAUACCUGCAGGCGACGUAUCAACCACGUCCAACAUCGUAGGAUCUCCGCUGCAGCAACCUGGCGCUGUCAUGUCCGAAAUGGACCUUUCGGGUGCUCAGAUGGACCUAUGCCUCCGUCUGUCGCUGCCUCUGGUCAUCGUCAUCACCAAGCUUGAUCUCGCAUCACGCUCUGGCCUCCGUGAGCGUUUGACUAAGAUUUUGGACACGCUUAAAGCUGCUGGGAGGAGACCUGUCAUCCUCCCCAAUCGCCCUGGUGCAGUGUCCGAAGAGGAUUUACAAUCCCUUCCCACAUCUGCCCUGGACAGCGUGCGCAGCGCUAUUGGCCCGUCAUUCGAGGACAAGCUGUCCAUAGUGCCUAUUGUCUUGACAAGCGCUGUGGAUGGUACUGGCAUUGGAAAUCUUCAUUCUCUGCUCCAUGUAUUGCCCAUUUCAGCUUCGCCAGCACAAGUAGUGCAUGACGCGCAGUCCGCAGUUUUUCACUUGGAAGAUGUUUACAGCAAGCCUGCUGAAGGCUCAGGCGUCAUCAUCUCCGGACGCUUGCGAUCAGGCUUGAUCUCAGUCGGAGAUGUGCUAGAGCUCGGCCCAUUCUCGGGUCAUGACCCUCUCGACGACUCGGAGGAUUCCGAUGAACGACCUCUGCGCAAAGCCAACGCCCAGCCUCUCGCCUCUCGCUCAUUCCCUGGUGCCCUGCGAGGCGCACAUUUCGCCUCCCCCUCCCUUGCACUUCCCACACAAGAGUGGCGGCGUGUCAAGGUCACUAGCAUCCGCAAUCUACGCUUACCAGUUCACUUCCUAAACGCCGACCAAGUCGGCACCAUCGCCGUCGUGCUAGAAAACGAGGACUCGGCGAACAGGCGAGCUUCUGACCUUGCACUCUCCCGCAUUCGUAAGGGCAUGGUCCUCGCGAGCUCGCGACCUGUCGCGACCCGCACUUUCAGUGCGCGCUUCAAGCGCGAAGACCUCGAAUCGCUCGCCGUCGGCAACCAUGUGGUGGUAUACAUCUCGAGCGUGCGCGCGUCCGCAAAAAUCAUCUCCGCGCGGACGCCCGAUACUGCGCCCGCGUCUCCUGUCCUGGAUGGACAGAGUCAUGAGCCGUUCUCCUUUGAUGAUGUUAAUGCUAGUCUGAUGGAUGGGAAAGAGAUGUUUGGACCUGUGGCAGGAGUGGUCACGGCCGCGGAAUUGGUUGUGACUUUAAGCUUCGAUGCGGCGAAGGAAUUUGUCAUGGUUGGUGAUCAAGCUUUGCUCAUGCCGGGAGGCGGACCAGGUCUGUAUGGUGGGCUGGAACGUGGAGAGAAGGGUGUAGCUGGCUUGGAGGGCUUUGUUGGACUCAUUACGGAGGUCCAUGCGUGAAGCUUUGUGCGCGUGUUGCUUAUCGCUACGUGACUCUGGGCUGAGGUGGUUGUGAUGUUGGAGCAUGGUGGUACCGAGACAGAUUGUAGGCUCAUUGAUGUGAGAAAUGAAACUGCAAUGCCGCGUUGAUCUCGCAGGACUUUCGUAAGACGAACUGUCGA